CAAGGGGAAGAGCCAUGGGUCCCAGACCUCCAGGGCUCUGAGAAAGAAGUGCUCCCGAGAGCUGUCUGCACAGCAGGUGAUGCACUGGUAUCUGAGGAAGAGGAGCACAAUUCUCAACAGGAAAAUGUUAAGCAAGUGGAUAAACACAGAGAAUUAUUGCAAAGAUCGAAAAGGAAUGUGUCCAGGAGUCAUGAGCAGGGAAAAUCUUGUGAGAUUCAGCACAGACCAGAAAGAGAGCAGGGAAACCAGCCGGGCAUGAAAGUGGAUAAAUUUAUUUCCUGUCGGGGAACUCAGAAGGACCUCAAGGAAACCACAACACAGCACAAAGUCCUCAGGGGAAAGCAGAGAAAUACAUACACUGAGUGUGAGAAAAAAUUCACUCGAAGAUCAGCCCUUUUUCGACAUCAGAGAAUCCACACAGGGGAGAGGCCCUAUGGAUGCAGUGAAUGUGGGAAAAGCUUCACUUGCAGAUCAGCCCUUUCUGUACAUCAGAGAAUCCACACAGGGGAGAGGCCCUAUGAAUGCAGUGAGUGUGGGAAAAGCUUCACUCAAAGAUCAGGCCUUUUUCGCCAUCAGAGUAUUCACACAGGGGAGAGGCCCUAUGAAUGCAGUGAGUGUGGGAAAAGCUUCCCUCAAAGAUCAGGCCUUUCUCAGCAUCAGAGAAUCCACACAGGGGAGAGGCCCUACGAAUGCAGUGAGUGUGGGAAAAGCUUUACUCAAAUAUCAGCCCUUUUUCAGCAUCAGAGAAUCCACACAGGGGAGAGGCCCUACGAAUGCAGUGAGUGUGGGAAAAGCUUCACUCAAAUAUCAGCCCUUUUUCAGCAUCAGAGAAUCCAUGCAGGGGAGAGGCCCUACGAAUGCAGUGAGUGUGGAAAAAGCUUUACUCAAAGCUCAGCCCUUUUUCAGCAUCAGAGAAUCCACACAGGGGAGAGGCCCUAUGAAUGCAGUGAGUGUGGGAAAAGCUUCAGUCACAGAUCAGUGCUUUCUGAACAUCAGAGAAUCCACACAGGGGAGAGGCCCUAUGAAUGCAGUAAGUGUGGGAAAAGCUUCACUCGGAGAUCACACCUUAUUAGGCAUCAGAUAAUCCACACAGGGGAGAGGACCUAUGAAUGCAGUGAGUGUGGGAAAAGCUUCACUCAGAGAUCACACCUUAUUAGGCAUCAGGUAAUCCACACAAGGGAGAGGCCCUAUGAAUGCAGUGAGUGUGGGAAAAGCUUCACUCAGAGAUCAGGUCUUUUUCUACAUCAGGUAAUCCACACAGGGGAGAGGCCCUAUGAAUGCAGUGAGUGUGGAAAAUGCUUCACUAGCAGCUCAGUUCUUUCUAGACAUCAGAGAAUCCACACAGAGGAGAGGCCCUACAAAUGCAGUUAGUGUGGGAAAACCUUCUCUUGGCACUUAGCCCAUGUUAGCCCAUGUUAGCCAUCAGAGAAUCUGCAAGGGAGAUCAACAGCAUAAAAACCUCUAGGGCUAUCAAUACUUUUUUUCUUUAAUACUUUUCCUGAUUCCCGCAUAGUAACUUUUAAAGCUGUUUGAACUAUUUGCAGCACCAUUAUCCCUCAGCUUGUCCAGAUGAGUGGCCCAUUUUUGCCUUUUGCAGUUCACCCUCUUUUGAGGUGGACCUAUUUGUCCUUUCUAUUGUCCCAUGAGUAAUUUGAGUGUUCCCUUCCUAUCGGGAGCCAGGGAGCAUCACACUUAUACCUUUCCUCCAAAUGCAAAGUUAUUGUUAGUCCCCAGUGAUACAGAUUGUAUCAUUGCCAGUUGUUCUCAUGUUGCUCUGGGUUGUGCUGAAGAGCAGUUAUAUUGGGAACUUUUCAAAUUAUAUGUAAAUGAAGAGGAGCAGGGGCAGGAAAAAAAGUGUCUUUUCAGCCUCUGUGACACUGGAAGGAGAUGGGGUGACUCAGAGAUUCCCUCCUUCCCCAUCACUCCAGAACUGUUACCUUUUGUCUGAGCCAUGUAGAGUUUAUCUUCAUUACAUUCUAUCCAUCCACUUCUCAAAGUGUCAUGUGAUGAAGCUUUCUCCGUUCUCUUUGUUUGGAGAUGAUGCUUUGACUUCUUUAAUCCUAAAUCAGAGUCGCUAUGACUGGAGUUAAAAGUGUCAAAGACCUGGACGGGGAAUUCAAAUGGAUCCCAAACACAGUGUCAUCAUUUGGAGUUUAAAUCCCAGGUUCCAUCUAUUGGUAAAACCACUUCUGGCAAGGUGGCUGUUUUGUCCCCCAUUAUUUGGAUGCUAGGAUACUAAAAAUGUUGUAAAUAACAUAACUGACUAUUGAGACAGUGCUGAGUGAAGUAUGUUUGAAUGGAUCAGAGGAGAAUGUGAUGGGAGAAUCUCUUGUCCCGAUUCUGAAUAAUCAGAUGUAACCUGCUCCGGAAUUUCACUUGACACUUUCAUUGUCAUGUAUUCUAUCUCUCUGUGGUGUGGAUCUUUCCUCAAGGCUGUUUGGUCACCCAAUUGGAUAUUAGUUCUGUUUGAUAGGAUGUAGCUCAGAUUUAUUGGAGAAUUUAAGACAAAUGACCCUUUGCUAAAGUCGUCAUUUCUCACUUCAGCUUUGCUUUUUCCCUAUAUCUCCAUGAUGACAUGGAGAAAGUUCAAGUGCAACAUUAGAGAACUCUCCAAUUUACUGGACAUGCUAACAAAGAAACAGUGGUGAUUUAAAAUCUCCACUCGGAAAUGGUGAACAACAGCAGAACCCCAACUAACUGAAGGAAGUUCAUAUGAUCACUGUGUAGUUCAAUUGUUGAAGUCAAUAUUGUCUCAGAUGAUCUGGGGAGAGAAUUCCACAGUAAGUGAUUUUGAACUACACGAAAUGCCCAUGUAUUCAGUACCCAGAGCAUUUGUAACCCAGGCCCUACAGAAGAUCUCUCCUAGCUAAUCCUAUGGUAUGAGGAAUGCUUCCCUUCAUGAUGCAGAUGUUGAGGAAAUAGAAGUGGGAUUUUUGUUGAAUUUAGCCUUAGUAGGUGCUAAAAAUGUGUAUAAAAUGAAAUCAGUGUUGGAAAUCUAAUAGCUGCAGAAAAAAUAGCUAUUUUUGAAUAGAAACUACUGCUCUGGUAACUAAUGGAGAUUCUGAUCCAGGCCUGUAUCCAGGCCCUUGCCUGGAACUGUGCCACCAAAUUAAAGAAAAACUGGGCAUGAUUUUGGAAGCCAUUCCUUACUACCACUUCUGAGAUUGAGUGGUUUUGUAAAGGAUUCUACUUCAGAGAAGUGUAAAUUUACCCUAACCAAGGCCAAGGAUUUAGAAAGAACUGGCGUUGAAAGAAUACACACUCAGUUCUUGGUUUCCACUCCAGUAAAGGAAGCUAUGGUGACCAAUGACCCAAGGAAAAUUGUUUAUACAACUCCACUUAUCAGUUCUGUGCCACUGAUUACAGUUCCAAAGGAUACCAGGGUUAGAUUGAGAACAAUCAUCCUUCACCGUUUGGAUCCAAAGAGAGAGUGCUUCAUAGGACAUUCCUUCCCUGUGAAUCCCAAACUGGCUGCCUGAUUGGGUAACAAGGACUUUCAGGCUGUAGAAAUGAUUGUAACCAAUGAGGCAAUGAAUGUGUCAGGCUCCAAUUUCAAACUUCCGGAUACACACAUGUUGAGUCCUGAUUCUAUGGUUUUGUGUCUGACGCUAUGGCUACACAAUAAAGCUGAUGUUGGGGCAACUGCGCUAAUGUAGCUGUGCUGCUGUAGCACUGCUAUUACAGAUGCUCUAAGCCAAUGGGAGAGAUUUCUCCCAUCGGACUUGAUUAGUCCAACUCCCGCAAGCAGCGGUGGUUAUGGUGGCAGGAGAAGCUUUCCUGCUGAUGUAGCACUAUCUAAUCUACACAAGGGGUUAGGGCUGUGUAACUAUGUUGCUCAGUGGUGUGG